AUGGGGCGCUGGUGCUACAUCGCGGGAUGGGCACUCGGCAUCGCCGUCAACCUCGGCGUGGCGCAAGGAUCCAUCGGGGCGCUGGCACUACGUCGGGCCCCGGAACAGCCAGAAGCAGACCCAGCAGAAGCGGUGCUGGACGUGCAGAGGCUGCUCGAGCUCGAACUGGACCAAGCAGGCAUGUGCGACGCGUGGGAUGCGGCGCAGCUGGGCAGAGGUAGUGUCCGAUACCCUCCUGCGCCCAAGGAGACGACCGCAGCGCAGCAGAAUCCUGUGCGUGCACGCCUCCACGCCAUCACGGAGACCCCCACGAAGAUUCACGCGGCGAAUGCUACCACUCCCUCGCCUCCAUCGCCUCCUGCUUUACCUGCGGAGCACGCGGCCCCCGCCCCCAUCAGCGAGGCCUCGCACAGAGCGCAGAUCCAGGACCGCAUCAAGCGGAUGGAGGCGGCUCUGGCGGCAAUCCCCGAGGACCAUGUGGAGCUCUCCACCGAGCGCGCCUCCAUCGGCACCCACAUCGCCGAGUACAAGCGUCAGCUCAUCGACGGCAAGCCCAUCGGCGAGGAGGCCGAGCAGACUCUCUCCGCGGCCACCGCACUCGUGAAGCACGCCACGGACGAGGUGACGACGCUCGAGACGGAGCUUGCCGAGCUGGAGAGGCAGCACGUCCAGCAAAUCUUCGAGGGUUCCCAGGCCACCUUGAGGCAGGCCGAGGCCACUCGUGCUGCGGCUGCUGGGGUUCAGCCCACCCUGGCUGGCUUCAGCGUCAAGACGAUGGCGACUGCUUCUGCACCGCCUCCGUCGGUGAUCGGCCCUGCCAGCGGCUCUCUGGUGCGGCACCGGGGCAAGCAGAAGCCCAAGGAGCUGAUCACCGAUUACUUCACGAGGCGCAAGGUCGUCAAGUCCAUCUUUAAGGACACCUCGGCCAGCUCUGCUGCAGGCCGCCGCGCUGUUGGGUCGAUGGCGGGGUUUCCUGUGCCGGCGGACGCCCCUGGAGAGCGUGCAGACUCUGCCGCGCACUCCUGCGGCAAGGACUUGCGCAUCACCACCAGCAAUGUGUGCACGCUGCGCCCUCACGAGGAGCAUGCGGCUGGCACGCAGGCCAGUUGCCAACUCCUGUGCGGCAAGGUUCAGAUCCUCGAGGAUAUGUUCGUCUCGGAGAACAUCGACGUCGUCUUUCUGCAAGGAGGGCGGGCUGUCAAAUCCGAGCAGCGGAAAGGAGCCCACUUCUGUACGUUCGUGGGCGCGGCCGACGAGGCCGGCGGUUUUGGCUGCCAGCGUGAACGUUUCUGGGACGUACUGCUCGCUACGAUCAGCACGCUGCCUCGCAAGACUCCCGCCGCGAAGGUGUUGCUCGGCAUCGACGCGAACGGCCGGGUUGGUCACCGCCCCUCCAGAGUGGGCGGGUCCUCGGAGACCGACGCCUUCUCCCCGAACGGGUUCUCGUUGCCCACAACGCUCCGGCACUUGCAUUUGUCCGCCCAUAACACGCAGUUCGAAGCCGGCUACUUCGCGACCUUCGUCGUGUGA